CCGACUCCGGCCCGGGACACGUCUGCGGCGCGGAGCGGCUGGGGGCUGUCGAGCCAGGUGAGACGCGGGGUCGGAGUGCAGCUUCCUCGAGUUGGAGAAUUCUCAGACUCCCCAGACCCAGAACUGCGAGCUGGGAGGUGAGAUUCACUGACCCGAGCUCUGACCAUCUUCCUGGAUCGCAGAGGCCUCAAUCCCCGACGUCAGGACUCUCCCCUUAACCCUGUGCCCCCAUGAUGGAGCCCCAGGAGAGUAGCAUCAGGUACAGCAGGUGGGAGAACAGCCACCCGGAUGAAGUCCAUGUGGCCAGCGGGCCCAGCACAGAGGAGGCCUCAGGCUGGCAGAGGGUCUCCCAGAAGCUGUGCUCGGGCAAGCUGGGCAUCGCCAUGAAGGUGCUGGGGGGCGUGGCCCUCUUCUGGGUCGUGUUCAUCCUGGGCUACAUCACCGGCUACUACGUGCACAAGUGCAAGUAAACGCUGCCCAGACACGCCCCCAGGAGCAGGGCUGGAGGGACACCCUGUGUGCGAGAACCCCUCCAUGUGCAUGGACCCACCCUGUCUACACAUACCACAGUGUACUCCGAGUCCUGUAUAACAGCCCUGCUGUUUAUACACAGCCGCCGUGUUUAUGCACAGCCCCCCUGUUUUAUACCCAGCCCCCCAUGUAAACACAGCCCCUCCAUGUAUACACAGCGCCCCCAUGUAUACCCAGCCCCUCACCAUGUAUACAGGUAUUCCUUGCACCAAUGCACAGAUUCCAGGGACUUGCAUGGACACCAGUGUGCACAGCUGUCACAGGCACCCACAGACAUACAGCCAAACAGGGACACAGGUACAUGGGGGCACACACAUGCAUGCUUGGCACAUACCCACCCAGGGGCCCACGUGACUGGGAGACCAGUCCCGACCUGACUGCAGGACACGCCCAGGCUAGGCCUGCAGCCCAGGGCCCCCAAACCUCCCUUCUCUCCCUACUGGGGUGCUCCCUGGGUGGGCUCUGUCCCACCUGGCAGGCUCCUCCCCUCUCUAGCCCUUCUGACUCCCACUGUGGAAGGAUGCCUAUAAGGGCAGGGGUAUGUAUGCCUCUCUGUCCAUCCACCCUCCCCAGGGGCUGAGUCUUUUCCUGCGAAGAGGGGGAAGAGGGGCCUCAGCCCUUGUCCAAGACCCACUGCUGUGUCUUCCCUCCAGGAACGUGGGCAUGUUCCCCAGGGCUGUCCACCCCGCCCGGGGGUGGGGGGGGGCUCUGCAGGAGGCUGGCCCUUCCGCCUGCACCCUGUGGGAGGCCUGAGACCCUGCACUCGGAGGUGGUCAUUAAAUGUCUGUUGAACAAAAGCAUGGAUGAUGGUGUCUCCUGUGGGCCUCCCCAGUGAGGCAUGACUGAUGUGAAACUGGCUGGAGGGCAUCUGGACAGAGGCUGGGAGGCCUCUCGCUGAGCUCUGGCCUUGGGAUGCACCCAGUCCUGGCCAGGCCCUCUGGCGGGAGGGGGCCCCUUGUCCUCAGUUCUCCCACCGACACUCCCCACACCCUCCUCCAGAAACCCUGGGAAGGAUUCACCG